AUGAAGGAUGCAGCAAAUAGAAUAAGCCUAGAGUUUGAAUUCUUUCCUGCUAUGUCUUCGGAUGACAGCAAAGUUUUCGACGAAUUCAAAUUUGAUGGUGAAUUAGAUCCAUUACAUAAGGCUUCAUAUAUCACUCAUUAUAAAAUUUAUCAAUCAAUCGUCAAUAAUGAAUAUGAAGAUGCAUUAAUUUUAGAUGAUAAUUUAGACUUUGAACUUGAAAUCUCAUCAAUAAUGUCUAACAUCCUUGAAAAUUUACCCGCUGAUUGGGAGCUUCUGCAUCUCAGUUUUUGUAACAGUCAAGAAGGCUUAUAUAAUAGGCCACUGUCAGAUGUAAAAAAAAUUUCACCAGACUAUCAACUGUUUCGAUCUGAAAAGACCUAUUGUACAAAUGCAUAUGCCGUUUCAGCCUCUGGUGCCUCAAAGUUAUUAAAAACUCUUAAACCAACGAAGCUUUCGAUUGAACUUGAACUGACUAACCUGAUUCAAUCAAAAGAAAUUACCUCUUAUACUAUCUUACCACCUCCUAUCGUUCAAUGGCAUUCUCAUGGCAAAGGAAAUUAUGGUCCCCACACUUUAAAGAAAUCUACCUUAAAUUUAGUUAGCAAAAAAUCAAAACUUUUGAAUUCCACCCUCGGUUUUGAUAAUAUUUAUGUUACUAAUGUUUCUGAACGACCAGGUAGACGUGAAAAAUUAGAAAGUAUAGCGAAAAAAUUAAAUUUAAGAUUUGAAUUUUUUCAAGCAAUUUCUCAAACUAAUUUCGAUGAAUUGAAAAACUUUAGUCCAAGUAGUGAAUUAAAACCUCCUCAAAAAGCUCAUUAUUUAAGUCAUUAUAAGAUUUAUCAAUCAAUUGUUGAUCAUAGAUAUGAUAGCGCAUUAAUUUUAGAAGAUGAUAUCGAUUUUGAACUUAAUAUCGUAUCAAUUAUGACUGAUACUCAUCGUAAUUUACCUGCUGAUUGGGAAAUCUUAUAUCUUGGUCAUUGUAGUGAAUUGGAAGGUGCAACUAAUGAACUUUUAUUGGAUAGUAACGAUAUAUCUGCUGAAUUCAAAUUAUUUAAAUCUAAGAGACCAUAUUGUACACAUGCAUAUGCCGUUUCAUAUGUUGGUGCUCUCAAGAUGUUACAAAAACUUGAAAAACCAACGAAAUUUCCAAUUGAUAUUGAAUUGGUUCAUAUGGUUGAACAAGGAGUAAUCAAAUCAUAUACUAUUGUACCGCCAGUUAUUUCUCAAUGGCGUAUUUCUGAAUCAUCAGAUAUGUACCCUGGUAGAAAAACGUUGGAUUUACUCUUUUUGAAAAAUUCUACCUUGUAUUCUCUUGGACUCACGCACGAAUCAAAUUCCACUCUUGGUUUUGGUCACAUUUACGUUGUUAAUCUUCCUAGUCGGCCAGAUAGACGCGAAAAAUUGGAAAUUUUGGCGAAUAAGUUUAAUUUAAAAUUCGACUUUGUCCCAGCUGUUUCUAAAGAUAGUGAAGAGGCUUAUGUUCCACCAGGAAGGUCAAUUGGACCGACCCAUAAAGCCUGUUAUCUUAGUCAUUAUAAAAUUUAUAAAUCGAUCGAUGAACACAAAUAUGAAAGUGCUUUAAUCUUAGAAGAUGACGUAGACCUAGAACUUAAUAUAGCAUAUAUUAUUACCAAUGUACAUAAAAUUUUACCAUCAGAUUGGGAUAUCUUUUAUCUUGGCUUUUGUAGUAAUUGGGAAGGAGGCGGUGACCCUAUAGAGGACAAAGAUAAUAUCUCACCCACUCAUAAGUUGUUUCAUUCAAGGCACCCGUAUUGUACACAUGCUUACGCUCUUUCGCGUACUGGUAUCCGUAAGCUAUUAGAAAAACUCUCCGAUGAGCCAGGUUCACCAAUUGAUCUUGAACUAAUUGGCAUGAUUAGUGAUAAAAAACUUAUUUCAUACACUGUAAUGCCACCUCUAUUCAUACAAUGGCGUUCUCCUCACAAUCCAUCAGAUAUCUCUCCUGGUUCAAGAGCUUUGGAUUUUUAUUUUUUGAAGACUUCCGCUUUACAUUUUAUCGGACUUCUUAGAGAAUCAAAUACUUCCCUUGGAUUUAAUCAUAUAUACGCUAUUAAUCAACCAGAUCGAAAAGAUAGGCGUGGCAAAUUGGAUAGCCUAUCAACUAGACUAUAUUUUGGUUUAGAUAUUGUUGAUGCUGUUUCUGAAAAUGAUACUAAAAAACUUGAUAAAUUUAGUCCAAAGAGUCAACUGAAGCCGUCAGAAAGAGCAGCCUAUAUUGAUCAUUAUAACAUUUAUAAAUCAAUUAUUGAUAGUAAAUAUGGUAGCGCAUUGAUUUUAGAAGAUAAUAUAGACAUUGAGCUUAAUAUCUCUCCGAUUAUGACUGAUGUACAUCAAAGUUUACCUUCUGAUUGGGAAAUGUUAUAUCUUGGACAUUGUAACAAUCUAGAAGGAAAAUCUAGUGAACCUUUAAUAGUGAAAAAUAAGGAUAAUGGUAUAAAUUAUAAAUUAUUUAAAUCUAAGAAACCAUAUUGUACAUAUGCUUAUGCGGUUUCACAUGCUGGUGCCCUUAAGCUAUUAGAAACAGUUGGUAAACCGACAACACUUCCACUUGACCAAGAACUUGUUAAUAUGAUUCAAGCAGGAAAAAUCAAGUCAUAUACUCUAAUACCACCGAUUAUCGUACAUUGGCAAUUUCCUAAUGAAUCACCUGAAUCAUCAAAAGUUAAAUCUUCAGAUGAAACUUCUGAUUUUUAUACUUUGACAAACUCUACUAUAAAAUUUAUAGGCUAA